AUGACAAUUGAAACAGGUGACGAGAAGAAAGUAUACAAAAUCCGCCUUCAGCUCACGGCCACAGAUGCCGCGUUCCAAGACAUUUUCGAGCUUAUCAAUCAGACUAGCAAUAGGGUAUGCACACUUUUACAAUACGAGUCAGCCGGUAUCUAUCGUUGGCUGGACGUUGUCUCCUCAUACAAUUCCUUAUACAGGCUGCAACACGAGUACUACGGCGGCGCAAUUAUAGAGGACUUCGUUCUCAUAAACAACCUUCCUCCUCCUUAUUGA